AUAUCCAGCCCAUGCCCACGCGUCCCUAGAAGUGUACAAAAGUCCCUCCUCUCCUUCCGUUCGCCGAAGAGCAGCGAAGAAGAUCCCUCUCUCGGUCCACUUACCAUUCCUCUUACCGAUCCCUCUCUGCUUGCUGCCAUCCAAUCCCUCUCUCGCUUGCCGUCGUCCACCGGGGCCGCGGUUGCCGUAGCUAGGGGGUCACCGCCGACUCCGCCCGUUGCGCUUCUCGUUCAUUCGGAAUUUGGAAGUCAUUGGAAAUUGAUGGUUCGUGGGAUCGAUGGGAACCCAAUCGGGCAAGAUGCAACGCUAUGCAUGGGCGGGAAGGUGAGAAGAAAGUAUCGAGGUUCAUUAGAGUCCGUCUCCUCGCCUGGUAGUUUAGAAGAAGAAGAAGAAGAAGAAGAAGAAGCAUCUCAUGGUCCUUCUCCUCGGACAUCGUUGUCGGCGUCGGAGACGCACUCCGAUUCUUUCCUGAAGGAUGGACGAAAAAUACAUGUUGGUGAAUGUGCUCUUUUUCAGGCAAGAAAUGCUCCACCUUUCAUUGGAAUAAUUCGACGUUUAAUAAAAUGUACAGAAGAUUCUCCCAAGUUGGGCGUCAACUGGCUUUAUCGACCAACUGAUCUUAAGCUUGCAAAAGGCAAUUUGCUUGAUGCUGCUCCAAAUGAAGUAUUUUACUCUUUCCACAAGGAUGUGAUUCCUGCUGCCUCGUUGCUUCAUCUGUGUAAAGUUGCGUUUUUACCUAAUAGUGUUGAACUUCCACUGGGAAUACCGGCAUUCGUGUGUAGGAGAGUAUAUGACAUUGCUAACAAACAUUUAUGGUGGUUGACUGAUCAGGAUUAUACCAAUGAACAUCAGGAAGAAGUUGAUCAACUUUUGAACAAGACUCGGCUGGAAAUGCAUAUAGCAGUUCAAUCAGGUGGGCAUUCACCGAAAUCUCUUAACAAUACAACAAGCAACCAACAGUUAAAAUCUGGUUCAGAUAGUGUACAAAGUAGUGGCAUCUCCACUCCUCAGUCCAAGGGAAUGAAGAGAUCGAGGAAUGAUCAAAGCAUGGAGCCAAUCAAAGGUGGCAAAGGCAUAGAACCUGUGAAGCAAAAGCAGGGAAUUGAGCCAAUUAAGCGACAGCAUUCUUCUAAACUAAAUGAUGGAGGAUUUAUUGACACUAUAAAGUCUGAGAACAUUAAGGCAGAAAUUAAUAAAAUGGCAGACAAAGGUGGGAUUGUAAGCAUUGAAGGGGUUGGGAAUUUGGUCAGUUUAAUGCAAGUAUGUAACAAAGAGAGAAAAAUAGAUUUGGCUGGUCGGAUAAUGCUUGCUGAUGUCAUUGCAGCCAUGGAGAAAUCUGACUCCCUUCAUAAGUUUGUGCAACUCAAGGGAGUGACAGUACUGGAUGAUUGGCUCCAGGAGGUUCACAAAGGAAAGAAUGAUAAAGGUAGUAGUCCUUGCGAAAGUGAAAGUUUAGUUGAGGAUUUUUUAUUGUCUCUACUUCGUGCGCUUGAAAAGUUGCCUAUAAGUCUGAAUACUCUGCAAAGUUGUAACAUCGGCAAGUCUGUGAACAAUUUGCGCAGUUAUAAGAACUUGGAGAUCCAGAAGAGAGCUAGAGGUCUUGUUGAUACUUGGAAGAAACGAGUUGACACAGAGAUGUCAAAGGUAAAUGACAGAAGAUCUGUUGGAUUUAGCCAGCCAGUUUCAUUGCCAGACAAGCCAGGUCAUUCUGAUGUCAGUCAAACACGACAUAAGCGGACUGAAUCAACUUAUGGAACUGCUAAAAUGCCCAACACCCUGUCCUCAGCAAGUAAGCUUCUGACUGGUAAGCCUGGGACCUUAGAUUAUACUAAGAAAAUUGUACCUGCACCUGUUGUAGUUAGUUCAAAGGAUCUAGAAUGCAAAACAGUUGCAAGCAGUGGGGGGUUAGUGUUGCCACCUGUAGCAAUUAAAGAGGAAAACAACAGUGGUUCCUAUCAGUCUCAUAGCAAUGAUCGAUCUUGUUCUAGUGAUCAAGAAAAAUUUACGUCUUCUUCACAGAAGGAAGAAACAAAGAGUUCAGCCACUGCAUUGAUGAAUACCACCAAGUUAGGUAGCCCUAUCAACCAUAAUCAAAGGUCAAGCAAUGGGCUUCCUGUAACUAACAUAUCUGGAGAUCCAAAGGAAACUCAUUCUGGUAGGUUUGAGUCGGCCAACAAGGUUGUGGCAGCAGAAAAUGCAUUACAAGGUGGACUGACAUGUCAAAAGCCACUUGAUGUCCCUAUUGGUCAUGGAAAUAUCAAUAGGUUGGUUGUUAGGCUGCCAAACCCUGGCCAAAGCCUGGGAAGGAAUGACAGUGGAAUCUCAGUUGAGGAUCCAUUGGUAAUGGGAAGCAACCAGUUGCCUUCUGGUAUGCCAGACAAACAAGAUCGGGAUGAUGGUAGAAUGAAAAGGAAGAGUGAUGUUCCUUUCUCUCAUAUCAUAAGGGAUGAUAAUACAGUGUUAUGUCAAGGCAAUGAGGUUAAAGACGGAUUAUUUGGAAAUGGAGAAGUUAGCUCACCAAUGGGUUCUGAUGAAGAACAUAGAAGAAAUAUUGAGGUAACUGUAAAUUUUGCAGAUCCUGCUAGAAGCGCCUAUUUGACAUCUGGGAAUGAAAAUGGAGCCUGCUCAACUGAACCAGGGACAAAAAAUUCUUAUAGUUCUAUGCAUGCCUUGGAAGAAGGCUGUGCCAAAUAUUCUGAACCUACCACUCCUUUGGCAGUUGGAGAUGAUACCGGGAUGAAUCUACUAGCUAGUGUGGAUACUGGGGAAAUUUCCCAGUUUGACAUAAUGUCACAGAUCAAUUCAGUUGGAACUGCACCUGCAGUGGAGGAACAAUGCACUAGCAAUGAUGCAUUUAGUUUAUCUUGUGAUGAUGACAUGGUUCAGAAGAAUAUCCAAUAUGAUGAACCUGUUAAUGCCAAUUCUGAGAUGCAAGGGAAGAAAGUUGGCAAUACAUUUGUGAAAGAUCUAUCACAAACUGAAGAUACCAGGCCUACAACUAACAGUGCUAAUGUUUCUCAACUGCAGGACAACAAAUUAAAUGGUCAUCAAACAACACAAUAUACUAUCACCUGUAUGAGUUUGUUUGAUAAGUGUAAUUCUACAAAUGUAGAGGUACAACCUGUGGAAGAAAGAGUAGGUAAAGCUGCUUCUGUACCAGUAGAAGUGGAGCAGGGCAAUGAGGUUGGAACUUCAAUUGAUGAUAAGCAAACUACUGAGGUGCAACUUUCUGACAUUUGUACAUGUAGUAAACCUAACUUCACGGGCACACUGAUUGAUGAAAACAUAUCUUUUCGUGAUGAUUAUAAGAAGAUGGAAGAUGACAUUAGGUGCACUUCUGAUGGUAAUGUAGAUGGUAAGUGUGAUACAGAUGCCACUAAUUCUGAUAGGAAAUUAGAAGCACCUCUUGUUCAGGAUGAUAUGUCAAGCUACGUGGUGGAGGAAGUAUUAAGUGCUUCUAUCUCAACUGAAAGCCUACAUAAACCUUCAACCCCAGAUGCUGCAGCUGUAAAUACUGAUUCCAUUGUUUCAUUUCCUGCUGAUAAUAUUUCUUCUGCCGUUGCACUUGAUGACUCCAAGAUUUUGCAUUCUGAUCACACACAAAUCAACCUCUUGGAGUUGCCCCAUGAAGCAAAAGAGGACAACAGUAUGCCUCCUCCUAGCACUGAUGAACCUGCAGUAUCAGCUGUUAUUUCUUUGGCUGCUGCUGAAGUGCCAUCUACUUCUAACAUUAAGGAAACUGAGAACUCUUUAAAGUCCUUUAAGGAAUCUGGAUUUGAUGCAGAAGCUAGGGAGGAUAAUAUUGUAUCAUCAGUAGACUGCUCCUCGUCGAGUAUUGUUACUGAACCACUUGUUGCCAUUAGACUUGAGCUCGAUUUGAAUGAAGUUAUUCCUAUAGUUGAAGGGAAUCAAGACCAGAAAGAUAUCUCUUCUACAAUAUGUUCAUCUGCAAUUCACUUGCCUACUCUGUCUCCCUUUACAAGUCACAUAUCAACUGAUUUGCCUGCUAAAGUUACUGUGGCUGCACCAACCAAAAGGUAUUUUGUUCCUCCUCAAAUUUUGUUGAUGACCAAAGGUGAACCUGGAUGGAAAGGUUCAGCAGCUACUAGCGCAUUCCGACCAGCAGAGCCACAGAAAAUAUCUAAAAUUCGUGAUAUGGUCCCAUCUGAUGGUGUUGGAAAGAAGAGCCGUCCUCUGCUAGAUAUCGAUCUUAACAUACCUGAUGAGGAAGUUCUUGCAGGCAUGGCUUCUCAGAGUUCUAUUCAAAUGAUGAGGACUACUACUGAUGAUGAUUCACUCACAAGGACUGCUCCUGAAGUUGAUCUUCAUUUAAAUAGAGUUGAUGAGGGUCUGGAAAAUGGCCAGUCCUUGGCUAGCACCAGCAGUAGAUUAGAGGUGCCACUGUUGCCCAUGCAACCUGCAUCUGGAGGACUCCCUGCUGAGAAAACAAAUGUUCUGAGGAACUUUGAUCUGAAUGACAGACCAGACAUUGAUGGGCUUAGUGUAGAAGCAGUAGCAAGGAACCAACAAGCAAACAAUUCAACUGUUGUGCCAAAUUUGUCUCCUGUUACAGAUCAUAGAACAAAUUCCGAAUCUGGUUAUACUUUGUCUUGGUUCCGUCCUAACCCUUAUCCAGUUGUUGCUGUGCCAUCUCUUCUGCCUGAUAGAGGAGAUAAAUCAAAUCCAGUAGCUGCAACUGCAGAAUCUCUGAUGAUUCCGAGGUCAUUAAAUGGUGUUAACCUUCGCGGUGAUAUUUAUUGUGGUACAUCAUCUCCAGCAAUGCUGGUUUCUCCAGCUACACCAUUUCCUUAUCCAAACUCAUCCUUUCCUCCCACUUUUACACUAGCUCCAGUGUCUUUAUCUGGUGGUUCAACACAUUAUGUUGAUGCUUCUUAUGGAAGUCGUUCUUGCUUCCCUGCUUAUUCUUCAUUACUUGCUGGUCCUGCUGGCGCUGUUUCAUCUAAUUAUCCAAGUUCCUACAUGAUAAGCUUUCCAGAAGGCGGCACUAGUGCUGUGAAUAGUCAAGACUUUGAUUUGAAUACUGGUCCAGGGUGUGGAGAUAUGAUAGGAAAAGAUGAAAAACUGCUUUCAGCAUCAAGACAGCUUUCAGUUGCCACUUCUCGGGCAUUUAUGGAGGAUCAGGCCAGAAUGUAUGAUCUUUGGACUGUAGGUUCAAAGAGAAAGGAGCCUGAAGGGAGUUGGGAUGCAGAAAGCACCACUGACAGAUCUGCCAUGCAAGUCUCGUGGAAGUAAUGAAAUGAUCAAAGAAACAAUUUCAUCUGUACCUUGAGUCUGGCACAAUCUUAUCUGGAAUUUCUCACUUGUAUUGCUUAUUCACUAGGCUAUGCAUA